AUGCGUCGUCAACCGGUAUCGCUUCCAGCACGUGUGAACAUGCCGGGAGAACCUUGGGCCCUCAUCCCAAGGUCGCGAGAUGCCAUUGUGGGUACACACAAAGCACGGCACCGCGACCCUGUUGCGCGCUCUCCCGGGUGUGGUUGCUUGUGCAGCGAUCCAGGGAUUUCAUUGCUCAGUGGUGGCCUGGGGCGCUAUCCCCAUCCCGGCUUGGGUUUGGGAACGCCUCCGCCCACGGUCUUAGUUCUCGACCGAAGCUCAGUCUUCAGCUCAUCGCAUGGCUACUUUGACGCACGGGAGAAAGCUGCUUGGGAGCUGAACGGCGCCAAAGUUUGGUGUCUAUCCCGUUUUUUUGGAACCAGAUGGUAG